AUGCCGGUCACGGUGUCAAGUGGCAGCGGCAGCUGUGGAGCGGCUUUGGUGGUUGCAGUGAGGAUAUUGUUCUUAUCAAGGAGGGUAGGAGGACUAUUUGCGGGCUAUGGAACUUAUCUGAUGGCCCCCUUUUUUUUCUGCACCAGUCGCAUGUUACUCAGGAAUUGGGAUACAGGCACCUGUUGUAUUAGAAAUCUCCCCUAUAUUCCAGUCAUCAAUUAA